CCAGAUACUGCGGAAUUGAAUGGAUACUUCGUUCCCCUGCCUAGGGCCUCAAGCCUAUCAGGCGCCUGAUUCUCGAAACGAGGGAGCAGGAUUCCUAUGGGGAGAACAAGUGUCCUGUCCUUAUCAGCUCCUUACAAAAUCUCAUACGAGUGACAAGAAUAAUAACUUUGUUCUCAUGAGAACGCUGCUCCCAUGUUUCGAGAAUCAGGUACCCGCUGUAGCUUGUGGAUGGUCCAGGUUUCACAUCCUUAGAGAAGUGUCGGUAUGACGAUGGAAUUGGAGACCGAGAGCUCAGUUUGGGCACUUUUGUCGUGGUUGUCAAAUAUCCUUUCCAAGAGACAUCCAAAUGCUGUGCUGGUGCAUUUCAGUCGGUGUUUCAUUUUCUCGUCAUUUGCAUUUGUUGAAAGAUUACGACCGAGGUAUGAAGAGGGCCGCUUGUUCCAUAGACGGACGAGAGCCUGCUGGCUCUUUCGAGAGGUAAAACUUCAACUUAUAUUCCAGUCGUUUAUUGGAAAUCUUUGCAUGAAAAAUUGUGUAUACGACUUAAGAAGAGCGGUUUGUAAAUUAAAAUAUCUAAAUAUAAGCGAAAUUGUUAAAAUAAAUAUGGGUCAGAAUAAAAGCUUCCCGAAAAAUUUAAAAAGCUCCACACCAUAAAUCAUAUUUAAAAUUGCAUUUUGAUAAAUUGCAAUAAGAUUAUGCAGGUACUAGUUUUCAUUGCCGUUGCGGUACAUUCGAGCGACAAGAAAUCAUUUCUGAAAUUUAAAUGAACAAAAACGAUCAAAAUGGCAAUACAAAAAUUUAAAAAGUUAUUCAUCAAAACACCAAUUUAAUUAAGAAAUAUUAUAAAUUCACAUAUUUCGCAUAAUAACUUAUGAUGAUGGAUUCAAAAUUUAUUUAAACGAGGCCUUUGUGCAAUUAGCUUAAUGUGUGAACUAAUUCUGUUUACUGCAAAGAAUCUACA